GUGACGCCUUCUAGGCACAGGCGUACCACUAAUGCGCACCUUUAGCAGCCGCCUCGCAUGCCUGCUAACCCUCUUGCACAUGCUCUGCUGGAUCUUGGAUAGGAAGGCCAUAGAUUCCUCUUUUAUUUUUCAGAACGGUGUGGAUGGUACGGAAUCAAGGCACGUCGAGGGAGUCACUUUGCUGCUCAUCCGGCCAGCAUGGUAACACGGUUGGCGUCGUACAAUCCACGGGGCAUCGACUGUGAAACCGAGCAUAUCCGCUGUUCUUCUGUCGCCCGCUCCUAAGCAGCUCGCUGUGAGCCGUUUGGCUCUAAUCGGGUCUCGUGACGUCGUACAUGCAUGGCUCCCUACCCUUCCCGCUUUGCCGGGCAGCAGCAGCGCGGCAAUGCCUCGCCGCGCGUUGAGCCUUCUCCCGGCACUUCACUGCGCAACCGUUCCCUCCUGCACUUCUUCCGCCCGUUGCCUUCCCCCGCGGCGCAACCCCGCGCGGAUCGCUGCCUUGCGCUGGGCUAUGCGGAAAGCGGAAGUCGAAGGGCGGAAGGUAACGUUCAAGUCUUUGCCUUUCCCGGCGAGACGACCAAGAAAGAUCUUCCGGGGAGGAAUUUGGGCGGAGAAUGCGCGGAACCGGACAAGGGCGCGCGGAAGGAUUCAGAUUGCGCGAGGGGGAGUUGCAGGAGCGCGGAAGCGGGGAUGGAGUCGUCGGGGGAGCUUUGCGCGGAUGGCAAUCGGGAAGGCACGGUGCGCGGGUGGCGGGAGGAGGAGGACGAGUCAGCGGAAAUAGAUCUGACAACGAGGCGCGUUAAGGCGAAGCUUUUGGAGAUAACCCCUUUAAAGACCGAGUGCGUGGAGGCGAAGAGCAUCAUGCUCGGUGGGGCGGGAGGGGAGACAGAAGAACGGGCGGCGCACGAUGGAUGCUGGGAGAAGGAAGAGCGUGGAGGAGGAGAGGAGGCAGCGGAGGAGGCAGAGAGGUACAAUGAUGGUGAGCAGUGGGAGGGCGAGGAGGAUGGUGGGGAGGAGGGGGAGGAGGGGGAGGAGGGGGAGGAGGGGGAGGAGGGAAAUACCAAAGGGGAUGCAACAGAGGAGGAGCAUGCAGCAUGUGAGCUGGGUCUGCUGGGGUAUUCCGACUGGCCUGCCACCUCUGCAGCCGCUCUCAGCGCGUCGUGCUCUGUGCGCGCUGCUGCUAUGCCGGCUAGGCUCACUCGAUGGUGGAGUAGGGUGGGUAGUACUAGUGAGGGGUCGGGAGGAGGGGGGGCUGAGACCAGUGCAGGGAUUGGAGGAAGGGCAGGUGGGAGUGAGGGGGGAGGGCGAGGGAAGGCGAGUGGGAAGGCGGUGAGUGUGGAGAGUGGGGGGAGCAGCCGUGUGUUGCGGCAGCGUGGCAUUUCCGCCUUCUUUGGUGGAGGGGGCCCAAUGGUGGUGGAGGAGGGAGAGGAAGGGGAUGCAGAGAAGCGCAGUAGUGCGUCGAACUCUGCAGCACCCACUGCUGACGCCUCGAUCUCUCGCCCUUCUUCGCACUGGUCGCAGCAAGCCCCACGGCAGUGCCCCUUCUACAAGAAGAUUCCUGGCACGCCCUUUGCGGUGGACGCGUUUUCCUACGGCGUCGUACCGGGCGUGGCGGUCUUCUUCCUCUCGCACUUCCACAGCGACCACUACCGCGGCCUCUCCAAGCGCUGGCAGGCCGGCCCCAUCGUGUGCACGCCCGUCACCGCGCGCCUCGCGCACAUGUGCCUGGGGGUCCCCGAGAGUCUCUUGAUCCCUCUCACGUUUUCCACCACUGCCUAUCUGCACGGCCAUGCCGUCACCCUGCUCCCCGCCAACCACUGCCCUGGCUCCGCGCUCAUCCUCAUCCGCACCAACUGCCCUCCCCCGCUGCCACGCUCCUUCUCCUCACCGCCUCUACCCCUGCACCUGCAGCAACAGGCGUGUACAUACCACCAGCAGCAGCAUCAGCAGCAGCAGCAUGAAGCAAUUGCUGCUGCGUGUGCCUCUCCUCCUCUUGCUUUCGCUCCCAGGCCUGCACUCCCCCCCACACCACACCACAUGCCCCUGUCCGCUCCUCACCGGCAAGCACACCCCUCGCACGCACUCCUUCCCGCCUCCACCCCACUCCCUUCGCGCGCCGUGCUCUCGUCCACCAUUCUGCACACUGGUGACUUCCGUGCAUGCCACGCCAUGCGCACACACCGCCACCUGCAGCCAGGCACUGUGGACCGCCUCUACCUCGACACCACGUACUGCCACCCGCGCUACACUUUCCCCCAGCAGCAGCAGGUGAUCGACUAUGCAGUGGGCGUGGCAGUGGCAGCAGACAAGGCAGAGCGGGAGGCAGGGGGCAGGGUGCUGUUUGUGGUGGGGGCGUACAGCAUCGGCAAGGAGAGGCUCUUCCUCGCAAUUGCCCAGGCGCUGCAGGCGAGCAUCUUCUGUGUGGCGCGCCACCACCGUGUGCUGCUGGCCCUGCAGUGGCCUGCGCUCUCCUCGCGCCUCACCCGCGAUGCCGCCUCCUCCCCGCUGCACGUGCUGCCGCUGGGGCAGCUGCGAGCUCAGCGCUUGCAUGAGUAUCUGUCCAACCAAAGAGGGUUCACACGGGUCAUUGGCUUCCGACCUACAGGUUGGACCUUUUCCCAGCGCUUGGCGUCAGGACUGCACAACAUUCAGCCCCAAAACUACAGGAGCGUGUCUCUCUAUGGUGUGCCUUACAGUGAGCACAGCAGCUUUACAGAACUACAGGACUUCGUCACCUAUUGCCGGCCGAAGCAGAUUAUUCCCACUGUAAACGUUGGCAACCCUGACAACCGCAAUCGCAUGCAAUCCAUCUUCAAGCAAUGGAUAGCUGGCGAGUAAUUAGUUAGAAAGGGAAGUAUUGUGAUUUAUGUCUUUGUGCCAUCUAACAUGAAGGGGUAUAGAAGUUCAAAUUGAUACUCAGCUUCCCUUAUGCCCACACUGUACAGAACGCUGCUCAGGUCAACGCACCUGGCGAGCCGAGGAUGAGAUAUCUUGUACAGUCUUGUGU